CAUGAAUAUGCCUCUAUCAACCGAGCUGUGCCGCAGAUGCCGACAGGGAUGGAAAAGGAGGAGGAAUCGAACAGUAAGAAAUGGUCUCACGUUUAAUAAAUUGAGAAUGCAUCUUUUCAAAGAGAAAAGGACGAACCUUGGGACAAUUUCCACUGAGUCCUGGUCAUUCUUGAUCCAGCUAACAAGGGAAGUGUUUAUAUUCUCUUUAUGCAUCCUGGGAGUUCUUGAAUGUUGAUCUGUGGUUACUUUUUACAUUCUUGCUGAAACUAUUCAGCUCAGUGUCAUGUUAAAUGCCAGUGUGGGUGUUUUUAUAUUGAAUAAUAAAUAGCUUGGUAGACACACAUGAAUCAGGCACUCUUCCUUGGCUAGCACAGGAUCGGAGGACCCUGUUUGGUCACAGUUCCCACUUCAGGUGAAACAUCCGUACUGCAUUUUGUGCAUCAUGCUUGAUAAUUCGCUAACUGUCAUAUGACGUGCUAAAUAUUUUUCUCAAAUAAAAUUACUGUACAGAUGAAGAAUCUGAAAGGUUUGUUGAUUGGGUCCUCGUGUCUCGGGAUGAGUAGAACAGUCUGAGUAUUUGGGCCUGAAACCUGGACUAAGAUCCACUGAUGCAUUUUUAUCAUGUGUGUAUGUUUACUGCCCGUAUAGACCUUGCAUGUGAACACACAGGCUAGAACUUGUCUUCGAUCCUGCUGAUAUCACCGUUUGUUUUACAGAAACUGGUAACAGAUGCUUGCAGAGAGUCCCCUUCUGUCAUUGGUAUAUUGUCAAGAGGUGGGAUCGUUGGGUCUUGCCAGUUGAAUUUACGGAUGAGAGCACCAUCUCCAGCGGGCCAUCUCGGCACAGCAGGUGUACGGGGAGAAGAGGGACAACAUGGUGAUUCCCGUGCCCGAAGCAGAGAGCAACAUCUCGUACUACGAAUCGCUGUACCCUGGCGAAUUCAAGAUGCCAAAGCAGCUCAUUCACAUACAGCCUUUCAGUCUGGAUGCAGAGCAGCCGGAUUAUGACCUGGACUCUGAGGAUGAGGCGUUUGUGAACAGGCUGAAGAAAAAAAUGGAAGUGGGGGUACUGCAGUUCGAGCAAAUGAUUGACCGGCUGGAGAAAGGCAGUGGCCAGCAGCUGGUGACUUUGCAGGAAGCGAAGCUCUUGCUUAAGGAGGAUGAUGAGUUGAUCAGGGAGGUGUUCGAAUACUGGAGCAGAAAGAGGAAAUCGUGUAAAACUGGAUCACUCGCGCCAGUAGUCAAGCAGGAGAAGAGGGAUUGCUCCAGCACCAGUGACCCCUAUGUGGCCUUUAGGCGCAGGACUGAGAAAAUGCAGACGAGGAAGAACCGUAAGAAUGACGAAGCAUCAUACGAGAAGAUGCUGAAACUGAGGAGAGACCUGAGUAGAGCAGUCACCAUUCUGGAGAUGAUCAAGAAACGUGAGAAGAGCAAGAGAGAGCUGCUGCACCUCACACUGGAGAUUGUGGAGAAGAGGAACAGCAUGCCUGACUUUGGUGCUGAUGUUAUGGCAGAGGCACUGGCCAUGGCCAAGCCCAUUUACAAGAUUCCCAUCAUUCCCCUACCCAGCAGCAGCCAGUACCGCCACCAGGACCAUGUUGAGCUCAAGGACUACAGGGCUAAGCCUGAGAAGGCUGAGGUGGUCCGAACAAAGAGGAAGUAUGAGAAGAAGCCCAAGAUCCAGCCAUUCUCCACUCCCCAACAGUCUGGUUCCCACCUGUUCAACCUCAAAGACCUCAACCAAUACGACUUUCCCAGCUCAGAUGAAGAUCCUUUCUCACAGAUGCAUUCUGGGUCAUCGGAGGCCGAGGAAGAGAAUGACCCUGAUGGAGCUUUUGCUUUCAGACGGAAAGCAGGCUGUGUUUAUCACUCUGCUCGUUUGGAUCAGAGGGGAGGCUGGCCAUGGUCUAAUGAGGCUGAGGGUGGAUCAUGUGAUCCGCGAUUCCGGUAUUCUGUCACCAGCCUUUCAGCACCACGCCGCUGUCUGGGGUUGGCACGACGUCGUGUGGGACGAGGUGGCAGAGUGCUCCUGGACCGGGCCCACUCGGAUCUAGACAGCGUUUUCCACAGUCUAGAUUUCUCCACAGAAGGAGAUUUGGCUCCUCCAUCUCCUCCUCUCCCAGAGAACUCCUCCUAUAGCAGUACCUCCUUCCCCACCUCGUCAUCACAGACUUCUACUUCCUCACCUGACCUGAGGCAAAUCCUACAAAACAUUAAGACCUGCCGCUGGAGACACUUUAAACCACGGACACUAAAAAAACAAUCGGACACGAGGGGUAGCUUGUCCCAGUUUGGUCUAAGAGGCUUCAGUCGCUCCUUAACCACAGCGUUAGGAUCGGGCAUUAACACACACAGAGGAGCUGCUACCUUAAGUUCUUCACUGGUGUUCACAGUAGAACAGUUCCAAGAGCACCAGGAACAGCUGGCUCUCAUGCAGAAACAACAGCUGGAGCAGAUCCAACAGCAAGCCAGUGAUGUAUCCAACAAUGCACAGACUCAAGUUUCUGUGUCAAAGACGCUGGAUUCAGCCAGUGCCCAGUUCGCAGCCUCUGCUCUGGUCACCUCUGAUCAGCUGUUGACCUUAAAAGUCAAAGAGGAUGGCAUUGUAGGAAGUGGAGUCAAUGGCAUCCUCCAGGCCUCAGGAGUUUACAAGGGCUUACAACACUCUUCUACAUCUGCUUCAGUGCUUACAAGCCCAUCAUCAGUGACUAUGACCUCUGCUCCCGCUAGCUUACCUGCUUCUAACAGUACAAACUCCAGCACCACUUCUAUCCACAAUACACACAAUCCACUCAGUAGUCAUGGGAACAGUACUGCCAACUCCGCCCCUCAGCUUCUGAUCGGCAACAAUCUGUGUCUGAGUGUCGCUACGCCCCAGAUCGCCAGCCUCAACUCUCGUCAUCUGCCCAGAAGUCUUGGUGGCGUGCCGCCUGCUGCCUUAAAACUUGCAGCCGCUGCUAGCAAUUGUCAACUUCCCAAAGUCACCACUGGGGAGAAUCAUGAGCAAGAAAAGCAGUCCCUCAACAGUAUAGCGGAAAACACGGUUGCUAUGGAGGUGACGUAGUAACCAUUGCUUGGGCGAUCUUUUCUCUGCCCGCUACGUUCUUUUGGUGCUGUGCACCAAUCACGUUUGAGAAUGCAAAGAGACAACUGGUUUCCACAGCAACUGUCAGACCUUGACAGCAAAUCUCAUCUUUUUUCCCCUUUUUAAUAUAUAUUCAUUGUUAGAGAAAAUUCAUAUGUAAAUUAUGAAUAUGGCAAAUAUUCAAUGUACAGUAACUGCAUAUUUGUAUAAAAAAAAUCCCUCCUCCACCCCACCAAAAUCUUGUAUAUACGUUACUUGAAUCCAGAUUUGUUCAUUUGUGAUGUUUUGCACUUGGGAAAUAAGGAAUUAAAAAAAAAAUUAUAUAAAUAAGCAGAAGGGGAGGAAAAAUGAUGCUGAGUGUGAGAGCGUGAGGUGUGUUCCGGGCGAGAGUCCUGAGUCAUUGCAUUGUGCAUGGUGAGGAAAUCUGCUGUUUUUACCUAUUUAUUGUGCUGUGUUUACACUUCUUUUUCCAUGAACACUGUACCGUCAUUUGUUCCUGUGUUGUAGGUGUUUGGGUAGCUACAGUUGUGUGGUUUUGUUUUUUGAUGAAUUCUUGCAAAUCAUGAGUGCAACUUUUUUUUCUUUUUCUUUUUUUUUUUAAAUGCAUCCUGUUUUGUCUUUUUGUUUAUUCCCCUUUAUUUGUGCUCAGUUUCCUGUUGGUUUUGUUGAGAACAGGUUUUGUGGGUUUGUCACUCAGAGGGUUUGGGAAUGUUGGCUGGGGUGGUGUGUAGGAAUCUUCCAUUUAACUAAUCAUCCAAAAACCGUUGAUGGACAGGUCAUGAAGUCUUCAUGUGGAAGCGUCUAUGGCUUCCAUCUCAACUAAGCACUGUUUUUGAUUUUACUUUAUUUUUUAUUUGUUCACUUAAGUAAUGAUUAUUGCUGCUUUUGUAUAAUUUCAGUUCUUUUUUUCAUACUCAAAUAGCUUCCCCACCUCCCAUAAGUUUCUUUGUAUAAGAGACGAUUAUUUUUGUAUCUUUUUUUUUUGUGUGUUUUUUGUCUUUUGUUUGUUUCUGUUCUUGUGGUGAAGCAACUUUGUGCUUCAUGUGGUGGAAGACUUUGUCCUUGUCAGUACCGGUGUCGUUAUUUCAGCUGAACGACACAUGAGAUAUAGGAGCAGGCAAAGUCAUCCAGCUCCAAUCUCCAACAGACUCCAGACUCUUUCAUUUCCUAAAACCACAAGUUGAAAAGGUGUGCCUUCCUUUGGGAAUAUGCUUCUUCAUCUCUUCCAUGAAGAGGAUGGCUCUCGGGCACGGCUGCAGUUCUGUAGUCCUGUGUUGUCCAGAGCCCGGAUCUCAAUACUCAAUCCACUGGCUGAACUGAACCACCAUCGAGUCCAACCUGGUGGCUGACAGAAUUAAACUAUUGAGAGAGGAAAAAAAAAACAUAUUGAAAAUCAAGAGGGGAAAAGAUGAGACCAUUCACACAGAAAUCUGAUAAUAAAGCCCAGGUUAUUAUAUGUGA